GUAAAAUAUAUAUGUUGGUUAGAUAAGAAAGGUGCUCCAAAAAUUAUCAAAUGGUGUAUAAAAUAUAGUGUGAAUGCGGACCUCUAUCAUCUCGCAUGAGAUUUUCACGAUCAUCCGUGAAGUGUUGCGGAGGAAAAGUGUGCAAUUUUGCAAAGGAAGGGAGAGUGAGCAUUAAGUGAUUUAUUCCUCGUGGCAGGUGGUAACGAGAUGGGAGUUGGAAGUCAAAACAAUGUAAAAGACACGAACAUCAAUCGAAUACACAAAUAGAUUGAUAAACAUCGUUUAUUGGCAAGAUACGGCCGUUAGAAAGUGGUGCCUCUUCCGUCAGAGGAAUAACAUAUAAUAUAGGAGACUACAUAGAGUGCUGGAGUGUGGGCAUCUGGGGUGUGAGGUGCUAAGGGGUGUCUUUAAUAAAUUGAAAAUAAGUGAGGUGGAAGUGGAAAAUUAUGACGUCGUCUCAUCACCAUAAAGUGGAAAUUCCAGAUGAUGGAGCAGAGGAUGCUACCAUAAAUGUACCAUUGGAUGAUAAUAUUAAUGGAGAAACGACAACUUUGCGGGCGACAAAACCCACAAGAUUGUGGUCUCGUGUCAUGGAUCGCCUAAUUGUCACAAAUGGGAAUCAUCAGGAUGAAAGGGGAUUAUCCACAGGACCUGCCACGAAUUCCAAUACAUCCUUGGAUCACAAUGGCUUUAUCAACAAUGCCACAACCGCCGACCUGGACGAUGAUCUCUCGGACAGUGGGAUUGGAAAAACGGAUGAACAUUCAAAAACGGACAUAUCAAAAAUUCCUCGUGUUCCGGGUGAUGGGGCACAAGCUGAGGAUGUUCCAGGUGAAUUUUGCACCACAACCGUGAAACUUCAAACAUGUCCUUUUGAACAAGAUGUGAUAAAACCGGCCAAUGGAACCGAACUUGUAGAGCGUAGUAACCAACAGAGUAUCCCCGAACCACUCUCAGAUGAGCCACCACCAUUUGGUAAUGAGACAUAUGCUGCCUUCAAGCGUGGCACUGUGAUGAAAGGCAUCCUCUGUCCAUCCUUCACGAAUUCCUUCAAGGCGCGCUCCCUGGAGCAUUCAUACCUCACCUAUUCACAUCGGCAACGUCAAAAGUCCCUCAUAAUUGUCAAUAUUGUGGAUCUUCUUCUCAAGCUGAUUCUUGCCGUUGUCUGGAUCACACGAAGAUCACCAGAUAUUCCCGUAACAGGACAGGCAAUAACGUGGUCCAUUUGCUGCAUAAUUGCUAAUUUGGGUAUCUGUCUGCUCGGAUGUUGGCGAUGUUUUGCCAACAAUUAUCUCCACUGGGCAGCUACGUGUACAUGGCUCCUGCUCAAUCUUCAGGGUUUCGUGGGACAGGGUAUGGGAUUUGCAGAGAGAGAAUAUCUCGUUUGGUAUGUUCUAUUCAUCAUCUUUGUGCCAUACGCUAUGCUUCCGCUUCCUCUGAAAUGGUGCAUGAUUGCUGGAUCGGUUUCAGCAAUGUGCCAUCUCAUCGUGAUGACCAUUGAAAAAUUUCACAAGAAUGUGAAUGAGGCCUGUCUUUUAAGACAACUAGGAGCAAAUUCAUUGCUCUAUCUCGCGAUUAACUUUGCGGGAAUGUAUACAAAGUACCUGACUGAUCGAGGCCAGAGACUUGCCUUUAUUGAGACACAUAAGGCGAUGGAGCAUAAAAAGGAGUCAGAAAAGGAGUAUCAACGUACACAAAAUCUCCUUGAUUCAAUUCUUCCUAUGUUUGUCAACAAUGACAUCAGAAAAGAAAUGUACAAAGGUGCUGAUGCGAAUGUUGAUGCCCAAUUCAAGAAGCUCUUUAUCUACUACAUGGAGAACGUCAGUAUCCUUUUUGCCGACAUCAAGGGCUUCACGGAGCUUGCAAGUAAAACCUCAGCCCAGCAACUUGUAAAAAUCCUCAAUGAUCUCUUUGCUAGAUUUGAUCGAAUAGCUGAGGAUAAUCACUGUUUGAGAAUAAAACUCCUCGGAGACUGCUACUACUGUGUCUCCAUGUUUGACAGUCAUAGCUGGAAAUCUCGACCGGAUCAUGCUGUGUGCUCCGUCGAGACGGGUCUCCAUAUGAUACGCGCCAUAAAGGAUGUCCGUCACAACACCCAUGUAGACCUGAAUAUGAGAAUUGGGAUUCACAGUGGCUCCGUAAUGUGUGGGGUGCUCGGCGACAAGAAAUGGCACUUUGAUGUGUGGUCCAAUGACGUCAUUAUCGCUAAUCACAUGGAAUCAGGCGGAAUACCUGGUCGAGUCCAUAUUUCCGAAGCCACAUUAAACUGCCUCAAUGAUGCGUAUGAAGUGGAACCCGGAGAUGGUGGGAGUCGUGACAAUCAUUUAAAAAUGAUGAACAUCAAAACGUUUUUAAUAAAAAGAACAGAACCUCUGAGGCCCCGGAGGCGAUUAAUUCACCGUGGAAGCGAAUUUCAUGAACCACCACAAAAGUUCUCAGAACAUAAAGCCAGUAUUCCGACGCAGAAUUCGGUGGCAAGUCGACCGGAUAGCAAAUGUGCUUCAAAGAGAAGUUCAAGGAAUACAAUUCACGAAGAUGAACCCACUACCGAUUGGACACCAGAGAUUCCCUUUAAGAAUCUUGAUGGACGCGAUGGUCUGAAUCGUACAGAUUCAGUCAUGGCAAGUGACUAUGUGAAACAGGAGACACGAAUAUCACUUUCAGCCACAGAGGAAGUUGAUGAGUUCAUUGACCAAAACAUCCAAAUAAAUACAAACAAGCAAAUGCGACAAGAAUUCCUCUAUGGAUGGACACUAAAGUUCAAGGAUGGAGCACAGGAAGGAAAAUUUUGCCAAUUGCGCGAGGAUAUGUUUCGAUCCAAUAUGCUUUGUGUAUUUGUGGUGUGGAUCUUUAUUGUCUUCUGUCAGGUGAUAAUCCUUCCAACUUGCGUAAUUCUUAUCAUCUGUCUCUCCAUUGCAACAUUUCUUAUGACCCUUGCGUGGAUUCUUGUCAUGGCAGAAGAAUUUCCACGACUUCCGAGUGUUUUGCAGCGCAUUUCCGCCUCUCUGGUGCACCAUCGCAAUCGUCGAACAGUUUUUAUUUGCUUCAUAAUUGUCCUCAUGUCAGCAGUGAGUGCCAUUGGGUUGGGUAUCUGUCCACUCACAGAGUAUGCAACAGAAUCCGAAACGUUGGCAUUGCAGGACACCCAACCCACAGAAUUUCAUCUCAAUAUCCUCGUUGCAAUUCAACAAAACCUCACAAUCAAUCCAUCCAAAGAGACGCCUGUGAUAUUUUCCAAUUUCACGUCAUCCCAUCAUAUAAUGCUACGAGACAUUAGGAAAUCGUCAUCAACAGGAAAUUCUAUUCCAUAUGCAUCCACGAAGGACAUAAAUGGCAGCAUGCUUGAUGGUAAUACGACAGAUAAUGGACCCAUGAGUGAUGAUAUCAUUGAUGAUCCGUGUGCUCAUCCGGAGUACAUUGUUUUCACCUGGGUGCUUUGUUUGAUAGCUCUUGCUACAGCCCUUAAGCUAUACUAUCUCGUUAAAACCCUCAUGGCCAUCGGGAUGGUUGCAUGCUAUGCAAUUCUUAUUCUUGUAGUUUUCUCCGAUGUUUUCACCAGCAAAGAUGUUGAAUAUGAAUUACUGCAUUUGGGUAUGCCUCUACCAGCUCAAAUGCUCAUAAUGCUGGCUGUCUUCUUUACAAUGGUCUGCUACCAUGCUCGACUUGUUGAAGUAACAUCGCGACUUGAUUUCAUAUGGAAGGAACAGGCAGAAAAGGAGCUUACCAACAUGAAGUCUAAUCGUGUCCUCAAUGAUCUUCUUAUCAAGAACAUCCUUCCUGAUCAUGUGGCUAGCUACUAUCUUUCCGAGGAGCGUACCGAUGAGCUGUAUGCUCAAAUGCAUAAUCUGUGUGGCGUAAUGUUUGCAUCUAUUCCUAAUUUCCAAGAUUUCUAUUCGGAAGACAUUGAGAAUGGGAAAGCGUGUAUAAGGAUUCUGAACGAAAUAAUCUGUGAUUUUGAUUCACUCCUCGAGGAGGAGCGUUUUACAUCAAUUGAGAAAAUAAAGACUGUUGGCGCCACAUACAUGGCUGCCUCGGGACUAAAUCCCAAGCAUCAAAUUGAGCGUGGUGGUACUGAAGAGGAUUGUGUUGCUGAACUUGUAGAAUUUGCCCUUGCGAUGCGACAGAAGCUACAGGAAGUGAAUAAGGACGCAUUCAAUACCUUUCAAUUAAGGGUGGGAAUUAGCAGUGGACCUGUUGUGAGUGGAGUCAUUGGGGCACGCAAACCUGUCUACGACAUUUGGGGUAACACUGUUAAUGUGGCUUCCAGGAUGGAUUCAACGGGGGAAAAUUGGAAAAUUCAAGUGCCAGACUACACAGCACAAAUUCUUCAAGCUAAAGGUUACACAUGUGUGGUGCGUGGAGAGAUAAGCGUAAAGGGAAAGGGAAUAAUGCUUACACACUGGGUGCUGGGACUCAAUGUUCCCGCAAGUCAAUUGAUGUCUCCCACACCAAUGCCAGCGGGUAUUCCACAGGCACAGACGCCCUCGCUUCAGCGCCAAACAUCCCAUCAUAGCUCCCUCGCGGCCGUUGUCUUUGGCAUGAUGCAGGCCACUAAAAGGACCACACUCAACAGUUCAACGCCCACCGCAACUCCCUCGCCCAAAAUGAAAUUCGGUCGCCGGGGAAGCACCUUCAGUUCAGUGAGGGUAUCCCAGAGAGUUCCGUCUAAUCCCAUUCGACGCAAUACCACGCGAGUUCGUGGGAGAAGCUACAAUCAGAAGAAGAUAACAAUAGCAUCGCUAACGUCGUCAUCAUCGGCUCCCGCAAGUGCCAAUUUGAGUGCCAUUCCCGUCAUUCCUACUUUUCGGAAUCUCCAACUCAAUGACAACAAUACAAGUUCGGAUCUUUAGUGUCCUUUAAUUAAUUAAUUAAUAAAAAAAAUACAUAGGUCCAUUAUUAGAAAGGAAUGUCGUAUUGCAAAUUAUAUAUAGCUUCAGAACCCACGAAGUUUUUUUUCAUAAAUAUAAUGAAAAGUUAUUCAUAAAAUAGAGAAAAUGUGGGAAAACCCUGAGAUUAUAUAGAAACAUAAAGUGUAUAGUUAAAUUAUAUUUGAUGUUUGUAAAAUUGUUAAAAAAUAAAUAAAGAAAAUCCUUAUAUACUUCUC